GUAAUGAAUAAUGGUAAGCGAGCAAUUUUGACUAAAGUUAAAGAAGAACCAUUAUCCGAUGAUGAUGAAGUGAUAUGUGAGCCUGUUGCUAAAAGUCCAAAAAGAUCUGACAAUCUCAGUCUAAGUGAAUGUGUCGUCAAGACGGAACCUAGAGAUGAAGUACCGGCGCCUACAAAGAGUUCAGCAGCGAAAAUUAAAAUUGCUAUUAAAGCCACCAAGGAAAAACACACGGUUAAAAUUAAUAAAGAUUCUACUGUAAAAGAACUGAAAAAUGAAGCAGCAAAAGCAUUCAAAAUGCCUGUAGAGAAGGUGUGCUUGAUUUAUUCAGGGAAAGUUUUGAAAGAUUCCGAUGUACUAUCUGCAAUUAGCAUUGAAGAUGGUCACAUUUUACAUCUAAUUGUCAAGACAAAUGUGCCAACAACUCCAAACAUUAGUGCUUCUCCGUUUGGGUUAGGUGCUUUUGGUGGACUUCCUGGUUUAGGAACUCUUGGUUUAGGAUCACCAAAUUUUUUAGAAGUGCAGGAGCAAAUGCAGAAAGAGCUCCUCCAAAACCCAGAGCUUUUACAAGAAGUGAUGACUAAUCCUUUUGUGCAGUCAAUGAUGGAAAAUCCUGAAUAUAUGAGGCAAAUUGUUACUAGUAAUCCACAGAUGAAAGAAAUGUUAGAUAAAAAUCCUGAGCUUUCACACAUGUUAAAUAGCCCCGAUGUUCUUCGUAGUACAAUGGAAAUAGCCAAAAAUCCUGUCAUGUUGCAAGAAUUGAUUAGGUUUAGAGUCGAAAAUAUGCCAACACCUUCAGCUUCACAAAAUUCAGAGGGUAAAAGUGAUGGAAAAGGAGAUGACUUAGAUGAGAAAAGUAAUGAAUCUGAGAAUGAAAGUAAAGAGACUGAGAAUGAAAGUAAUGAUGCUGAGAAUGAAAUAAAAAAAGCUGAGAAUAAAAAUAACAAGGCUGAGAAUGGAAAUAAAGAGUCUGAGGCUGGAAGUAAAGAGUCUGGGAGUGAAAGUAAAGGAAAUAAAGAAGACAGUGAAGACAAAGACAAAAAAAGUACAGUUGAAUGUGCUAUCACUAAAGAAAAUCAAGAAGAAGUUAAAAAUGUGCCAACAAAAGAUUCUUGCAGUAAAGAAACACCACCAUCUCAAAAGGCUUCAGAUGAAAAGACUGAAGAAAAAGCCACAGAGAAGAUGUCAGUUGAUGAUAAUAUCAGUCCAUCCAGUAUAGAAGGUGGAAUAUUUACAUCACCUGGGCUUCAAAGUAUUAUGCAACAAAUGGUGCAGAAUCCACAUCUAGUUCAGGAAAUGUUUAACGCUCCAUAUAUGCAGUCAAUGAUGGAUGCCUUAGCAGCGAACCCUGAAGUUGCAAGUCAAAUAAUGAUUAACAAUCCAAUUUUUGGCAACAAUGCUGCAUUGCAAGAGCAGAUGCGACAGUCUCUACCAGCUUUUAUUCAACAGAUGCAAAACCCAGAAAUGCAGAGAUUUGUUUCCAAUCCGCAAGCCCUGAGUGCUAUGAUGAAUAUUCAUCAAGGUCUAGACCAAUUGCAGCAAGCUGCUCCAAAUGUUUUUAACAUGUUUCCAGGGCAGCCACCAAUACCAGCAUUGUUUUCGCCUUUAGCUGAAUCCACUAGAGUCUCCACAGCAGCUUCUGAAAAAAAUGGAGCUACUGAAUCUAAUAUUCUCACUCAAGAUCCUUUUAGUUUCUUCAUGAGAAACAUGGUUAACUCACUUUCUCGAGGAGCCAGUACGGAUAGUCCACCUGAAGAGAAAUAUCGUAGUCAAUUGGAACAAAUGAAAAUGAUGGGUUUUGUGAACCAGCAAACCAACUUACAGGCCUUAAUUGCUACAUUUGGAGAUCUAAACUCUGCAGUUGAAAGAAUUCUAUCCCAUGCUCCUUGA